CUUAAUACACAUUCUACCAUAUUGUAUUUAAGAAGACAGCCAUUUUUGUGGCAUCUGUCUUUCCUUCAUAAUUCAACAUGAAGAUCGGUCUUUGUGCGUAUAGUGGAUAUAAAAUAUAUCCUGGUCAUGGUAAAACUAUGGUUAAGGUGGACGGAAAGACGUUCACUUUUUUAAACUCAAAAUGUGAAUCUGCACAUUUAAUGAGGCGCAAUCCAAGGAAAGUCACAUGGACUGUACUAUAUAGACGAAAACAUAAAAAGGGGCAGGAAGAAGAACAAGCAAAAAAGAGAACACGACGAACACAAAAAUUUCAACGUGCUAUUGUAGGUGCAUCACUUACUGAUAUUUUAGCAAAACGUAACAUGAAACCAGAAAUUCGUAAAGCACAGAGAGAACAAGCAAUUAAAGCUGCAAAGGAACAGAAAAAAGCUGCAAAAGCAACAAAGAAAGUGUCUGUACCUCAGAAACCUUUAAAGAGUAUGCCAAAGCAUAAAGCUGCAAAAGUAACACAGAAAUCAGCUCCACGCGUUGGUGGAAAACGUUAAAUUUCAUUAUUGUAU